AUGGAACGUGACAGAACAGUUAGGGAUCUGUUCCCUGCCCUAGUUGUGCAAUUGGAACGAGAAACCAGUGAAACUCCAUCAGUUGAGUCCAAUGAAUCUGCUGUUUCGUUUGUGCAUGACAGCCCUACACCACGGGCCAAAGCACUACAGGAUUCUGUUACUGCCCAGGGCUCUGCCUCUGCUGCGUUCCAGCAUUCUGAUGCUCCCAGAUUUGACAUUGCUCCAUCUGCCACAACUCAGUACACUUCUCUCCCUCUCUCUCUUCCACUAACCACCGACGGCCACGAGUCUGAGGGUGAUCCUACUUCGUCAGUGUCUCGUGUACCUCGUGUGCCUCACCCACUUUCUCUUCCGUCCAAUUUGGACAACAAAGCUUCAAAUCCUCCUAAUUUGUCUUCCGAGUCUCCUCGACAGGGUACCAGUUCUCGUUGGACAACUACCCAAGUUCCAAGUACUCCUGUUGGAGGGGAUUCUGAGGAACAUUUCCCUACAGCGAGUCUUACUGUUUCUUCUCGUGGUUCUAUCAAUGCAGAUAAACGUGUUACGAACGUGGCUCCCAGUGCCACUUUUAGAUUGAAACUUCUUGUCAAAGAACCUCCCAAGGACUCUACCCCAGAGUCGCAUACCACUUCAGAGUCCACGGAUGCAUGUGAAUCCACCAAGAACGUGAUCCCCACUGCCACUCCUAGAUUAAAGCUCUUUUACAAACCGAAGUCUCGCCUGUCCAUCCGGGACUCUAUUCCCUCAACUGUUCCAUCCGACCCCGUUAGCAGCAAGCAUCUUUCGUCCCCUACCCGCACUGGAUAUCAAUCAUCCAAUAUGGAUCCUUCCAACCAUAGUGCUGAAAGCACCUCUCAUGAGUCUUCUUCUGACUGCGAGGCAUCGACUACCAUAAAUGCUACUUCGGAGCUCCCCGCUACCAGCGAGUCUCCCAAGCCCAGCUCAAGCUCUGACGAAGCUCCGUCCCGCAACGCUGACUACCUGUCUCCAUUGGAUUUUGUCUCUUCUGCUCCCCCAAACCGUGCAAUGAACCUUUCACUCGAUCCAUCCAUGGAUCCUUCAAUGGACCCUUAUAUGGAUCCCUACCAGCCAAGUGAUUCAGCAGUUAUGCCAGGGAUUACCCCGUUCGAAGACCCAAAUGUCCUCCCAUCCACAUUCACGUACCCCGAGGAGACUCCUGACUACGGCAGUGUGCCCAUUGACCCCAUGGGUGUGUACACUCCGGAGCAGUAUGCACGCAUCCUGGCGUCCGAGCAGGAGGUCCUGCGUGAAAUUGCUGACCCCCAUACCGAUACUCCAACGUAUGUGUAUGGCCAGAGAAUAGAGCCGCAUUACACCACACUUGCCGAUCUGGACCGUAUCUUUGCUGAGAUGGAAGCUGCCUCUACUAGUUUAGAUAUUCUACAGCCUGAAUAUUGGGCAGCUAUCGGCCGCGAUCUGCCUGGUCCAUCUCAACCGGGUGUACUUGAGUCUAAUCAACCCGCCCAUGUUCAAUCAACAUCUGAGACCUUGCAGUUAGUGGAGGACGCGGAAGCAGAACCAGGUUCGGCCAAAAAGCGUGCUCGACACAGUUCACCCAAAGUAGAGAACUUGACCCCAGAGUUAUCAACCACAAUUUCAGCCAGGACUUCCGUCUCGGACCAGCGCCGCAGCACCUCAUCUAAUACCAAGACCGCGAGUCCUUCACCUGCAUCAAUCUCAAGACGCCGUCAUUCCAAUAAACAGGCCGCGACACCACCUCCACCGAUUUCAGCAUCAUCUGGACGCCGGUCCAAACCCAAGGCAAAGACCGAGAUCACUACUUCAGAGGCCCCGAUGACCGUCUCCCCACGCCGUCUGCGCAGCUCAGAUGUCAUGCCGAGCUCCAGCACGAAGAAGAAUGUCAAGGGCAACGCAACACCAGAGUCAUGGGAGACAGCGCCUACCGCAGACAAGAUGAUGUCACAAAUGAAAGAGUCGUUACUGCCGUGGGCGGACAUCACUGCAGCAUGGAAUGAGAAUCGAGAUGAGUCGGAUGGCGAAAUGACAUGGCGAGCACUGAGCAAGCGAUGGGGACGAAUCAAGGAUAGAAUUGGUCCCUGGCCCGGUUUUGACGAGGCUCUUCUGGAUACCUUGGGAGCAUUCGAUCCGAAGCUGGAUGACGACGACUUUGCGCAGAUUGCUGAAGAAGUGUCGAGUGGGCUUGGCUGGGAAGUUUCUAGCGCGGCUUGCUCUGCUCGAUAUGUGACCCUCAAGGAGUCUGGCAAGAUCAAUGUGAAGGGUAAGGGGAGGGCACGGAAGUAA